AUGGCGGAUCUACCAUCACCAUCAUCACGUGUGACGGAAUGCCACCCGUUCGCGAGGGUUGGAGUGGAUUAUGCAGGCCCCUUUUCAGUAAAAGAGAACCGACUUCGAAAGCCGCGCAUGUAUAAAAUGUAUCUUGCCGUUUUUGUGUGCUUCACGGUACGUGCGGUCCAUUUAGAAUAUUAUGUAUCUGACUUGAGCACCGGGGCCUUCAUAGCUGCGUUACAUAGGUUUGUGGCACGCCGAGGUCUGCCUACCGAUAUUUACAGUGACUGUGGCACAAAUUUCGUUGGGGCAAACAAUUCACUUCGUGAGCUUGUCAACGAUCCAGCGUGUCAUGACCAACUAACGGCCAGUGUCCAUUGUACGUGGCAUUUUAACCCUCCCGGUGCGCCUCAUUUUGGUGGGCUCUGGGAGGCAGCAGUUCGCUCAUCCAAAUCAUUGUUGAUGCGCAUUAUGAGGGAGCACACUUUCACCAUUGAAGAGUUUGGCACAGUACUGUGCAGGUGUGAAGCCAUUUUGAAUUCUCGGCCAAUCACUCCCGCUCCGUCCGAUCCCGCUGAGCUUGAGUGCCUAACUCCGGGGCACUUCUUAAUCGGCAGACCGUUACUUGCCGUCCCUGAAGCGGCCAUUCCAAGCACAACCCGGUCAUUAGAGCAACGGUGGAAGCUGGUGAGUCAAUGCGUUCAAGCAUUCUGGCGCCGAUGGCGCAAUGAGUAUCUCCAGACUCUCCAAAUCCGUAGUCGGUGA